AAAUAUUGACGCAUGAAAAUAACCCUGGGUCCCAUUUGUAUCCCCGAAUGCUCUGACCAGUUAAUGUAUAACCCUGAAGUCAAAGUUGUACUUUGACUCCCAAAAACAGUAAAUGGAUGUCUCCAAAGAGGGUUCCUGAUUUUAUUAAGUGAACAUUUCAGCUGUGGGAACUAGCUGAAACACAGACAGAGGACUACCGUAAAGAUAAAGGAAUCUCGCUUGGGUGAUAUUGGGUGGGCAUAAGAGAAUACAGAGUCAGCCAAGUGAUGAAGAUGGUAGGCACUAUCCUGGUAGUGUGGGCUGCCCUCCUGGCCCUUACCAGCAGAGCUUAUGUGACAAGACCCAAUGUCACAGAGCUGAGCAGCAGUAACUUGGACUUCGCCAUGAACCUGUACCGGCGGAUUUCCAGUUACCACGAUGACAACAUUUUUUUCUCACCCUUGUGCAUGUCAACCGCCUUUGUCACUCUGUCAAUGGGAGCGCGGGAGUUCACACGUGAACAGAUCCUCAGGGGGCUCAACCUGGCCGCACUGGACCAGGAUGGAGCUGGGCUGAUCCCGGCGCUGUUCCAGGAACUGCUGGAGAACGUCACCCAGAGCAAGGAGUUGCAACUGGAACAGGGCUUUGCUCUCUUUGUCCAUGACGAUUUCGAGGUGUCGACCACCUUCAGCAACCAGAUCAAGGAUUUCUUCAGAGCCGAUGUUAUGAAUGUCAACUUUGCCAACCAUGCACUCAGCAAGGCCGCCAUCAACGAGUACAUGAAGCACAAGACCAGAAAUAAAAUAACAGAGGCACUCAGCAAAAUUGAACCCAUGACUCAACUUAUUCUCAUUAACACCAUCUUCUUCCAAGGUAUGUGGGAAUUUCCUUUUGAUGUCAAGGCCACAGUCAACGAUCGCUUCUAUGUGGAUAAGUACAACAUCGUCCAGGUGCCUAUGAUGUUCACUGAGGCCAAGAUAUACGUGACCAAAGACACAAACCUAAAGUUGAGCAUUGCAAAACUGCCCUAUGUGGGGGGAGCCGCUAUGCUUAUCCUGCUGCCUGACAAGAAUGUGGAUUAUACUACCAUAGAUGACCGCAUCAACGGCAAGGUCUUUCUGAGGUGGCUCAAGCAGCUCACCAAAAGGAGAACUGAGCUGAUAAUGCCCCGGUUCAAGAUGGAGCAGUCCUACGCCAUGCACAAGAUCCUCCCCGACCUGGGCAUAAUCAAUGUCUUCACAAGUGCCGCAAAUCUCAGCGGCCUGAGCACAGAGCAGGGCCUCAUGGUGUCUGAGGUGCAGCACAAGGCCAUGAUCGAGGUGGAUGAGAUGGGAACCACAGCGGCUGCUGUCACUGUCACGGGCAUCACCCCGUACUCCUUGCCCACCAGAUUCGCCGUUGACCGACCCUUCUUCUUCUUCAUCUACCAUGAGGUCACCAACGCCGUCCUCUUCAUGGGCAGGGUCAUCAACCCCACCAAGAUAUAACAGCACCAGCGAAACAGCCAUACAGCAGCACCAACUUUUCAGGACAAAACCACCCUAUAAUUCUACAGAUUUUAAGGCAAAUGUGUUGCAGCUAAGAGACGAUGGUCCCCUUUUUCACCCUUUAUUCACUAAUGAGCUUUCACCACUUCAAUAAGGGACUGGAAAGGUCAUUUAGAGCUUUGAAAAGGCAUAGACAAGUAGCGGCUUGAAAAUGGGUGUAAAAUGUGUUUAAUCCGUGUUCAUUAAACAUGACAAAUGAUCUUA